AUGUUCCAAGGAUGGCAGUUCUCCCAGUCCCGCACGGCUACUGCGACAGAUGCCAUCGCCCGGGCCAUCCCCUUUCAGGCCAUGAAUGCUGGGAAUCGAAUGCCUCGCCCGCUUCGGCCGGAGGUCACCCUCGCCGGUGUUGAGGCCGCCUGUGUCCUGGCAGCCUCCACAAAGGCCACAGACAGCACCCUGCAGCACUUUUUUUGCAUUGCCGUCGCUGGACCUAUGGAGGCCUGUGCGAACUGGCCUGACAAUGGCAGCGAGGCAAGGCUCUCGGACUCGAGCCCAGAGCAGCUGUCGGAAAUCGACAUAUCCGACCGAGAUGUGAGCAGCAAUGCUGCGACUGCAGUGUCGCCACAGACGCCAUCAGAGAGAUUGGUGCUUCGCUGCGAACCUUGCGGCCCUCCGCCGCAAAGGCCAGUGCGCUCCUCGCAGACCUUGGACAGGCAAGCGGAAUGUGACCUCCGGGAAGAAAUGCAGCGUCAGGUGGCCAGCAAGGACCAGGAGAUCUCCACUUUGCGCUCACUGGUAGCCUCCACGGCUGAAGAAUUGGACACGGCCCGGCUGCGGGUGACAUGUAUUGUGUGCGCGGAUGCGGACAUCCAGUGCAUUUUUCAGCCCUGUCAUCACGUUGUGUGCUGCCAGGAGUGUGCUGGGCAGUGUCGCAUGUGUCCUGUUUGCCGCUCCUCCGUGCAAACGGCCUCAGCGGUGUACCUGCCAUGA